GCAUGGAGAGUCCACACGCAAAGUUUGAGGGACAAAACUGGAUUUAAUCAUUUACGAGGAAGAGCAGCACAGACGAGCGAUGUUCGGCUCAAAGUGGGAUUUGUUGCUCUUUGUUUUCUGCUGGUUUAAAGUCCCGUGGGUCGUGGAUUGUUUCGUUGUUCACGUGAGUGAGGAUGCGGGACCGGACACCGCAAUCACCGAGCUGGACCGGAGCUGUUCGUGCGCGCUGGACCAGAUCAUCCUCCCGAGAUUCACGGAGAGUUUCCUGCGCCCGGAUUCGGGUGUUCUCCGGCUGUCGGGCGCGCUGAACUGCGACGCGCUUCAUUCGAAUCCGUUCACUGUGUUCGCGGUGCUGGACUGCGCGGACAACGCGUCCGGUUUCAGACACCUUUUAGCCAGUCAGUAUGAUGUACACGUCCACGGCAAGAACUGUGUGAACAAACGGACACGAAAAGAAAAAGUGGACGUGGAAAUUAUAAGUUUAUUGGACAGUUCAGAGUGCCGCGACGCGGGCUCCGCUGUUUUCCGGGUGUCUGGUGUAUUACCGGGUGUCCCGGCGCACGCGAGUCUCUCCUGUAAUAUAACCGGGACUUCAGCGCUUUACUUUACCGAUGGAGGACUGUUCGCGUCAUCGCAACUCUGUUUCAAGCGCGAUUCUCUGUUGGCGUUUAAUCUGCGCUGCGUGGGACGCGAGAGAGGACUGACGCGCGUUGUGCACGCGCACUGGCGCAUGGGUCGCGGCCCGUUCACGCAGACGCAUCUGAGAAAGUUACUGGAGUUGGCGGCGCGCUCAGACUCCGGUCUGUUGAGCAGGCGGAAGAGGGCCAUCAACAAUAACCCUCAGUUUCAACCUCCCAUGUAUCAGGUGUCUGUCCCAGAGAAUCAACCAGCUGGCACGUUUGUUGUUGUUUUGAAAGCGGUUGACCCGGAUGAGGGUGAAGCAGGUAAGCUGGAAUACUUCUUAGAAGCUCUGUUCGAUAGUCGGUCCAAUCACCUCUUUGCAGUCGACCCGGCAAGCGGAGUCGUUUCCACCGUAGAGGUACUAGACAGAGAAACGAAAGACACGCAUGUGUUCCGGGUGACCGCAGUGGACCACGGGACACCACGUCGUACGGCAAUGGCCACUCUCACUGUAACGGUGAGCGAUACGAAUGAUCACGACCCUGUAUUCGAACAACAGGACUAUAAAGAGAGCAUACGAGAAAAUCUGGAAAUCGGUUAUGAAGUCCUGACCGUACGUGCCACAGAUGGAGAUGCGCCUGUUAAUGGAAACAUUCUUUAUCAUUUGCUAAACAAUAAUAGGACUAAUGACGUUUUUGAAAUUGAUUCCCGAUCUGGCGUCAUUCGUACGCGAGGUCUGGUUGACCGUGAGACAGUUGAAGCCUAUGUGCUACUAGUUCAAGCGAAUGACCAAGGCCGCGACCCUGGCCCCCGCAGUGCUACGGCAACCGUGCAUAUUGUGGUAGAGGACGAUAACGAUAAUGCACCACAGUUUAGCGAGAAACGCUAUGUGGUUCAGGUUCCCGAAGACCUGACGCCCAACACCGAGAUCCUGCAGGUGACGGCGACAGACCAGGAUCGUGGAAACAACGCUGUGGUCCAUUUCAGCAUCAUGAGCGGUAACUCCCGCGGACAGUUCUACAUUGACGCUCAGACUGGAAAAUUAGACCUAGUCAGUCAGCUGGACUAUGAGAUGAGUAAGGAGUACACACUUCGCAUUCGAGCGCAAGAUGGUGGCCGCCCACCACUCUCUAACAUCAGUGGGCUCGUAACAGUGCAGGUGCUAGAUAUUAACGAUAACGCUCCGAUUUUCGUUAGCACACCCUUUCAGGCUACAGUGCUGGAGAAUGUUCCCGUAGGAUAUUCUGUCAUCCACAUCCAGGCCGUGGAUGCUGACGCUGGAGAUAAUUCCCGUCUUGAAUAUCUGCUAACAGAGACCACGCCUAACUUUCCAUUUACCAUCAACAACAGCACUGGCUGGAUUGUCGUUGCAUCGGAAUUGGACAGAGAGAGUGUGGACUUCUAUAACUUCGGAGUAGAAGCUCGAGACCAUGGAUCGCCAGCCAUGUCCUCAUCUGCUAGCAUUAGCAUGACGAUACUAGACGUCAAUGAUAACAACCCUGAGUUCACUCAGAAGGCCUACUACAUGCGUCUGAACGAGGAUGCGGCCGUUGGAAUGAGUGUCGUCACAGUGUCCGCUGUAGAUCAGGAUAUAAAUAGUGUAGUGACGUAUCAGAUCUCUAGUGGAAAUACAAGAAACCGUUUCUCCAUCACUAGUCAGAGUGGCGGAGGGCUGAUUACACUCGCUCUACCGCUGGACUACAAACUGGAAAGGCAGUAUGUCCUCACCGUCACAGCGUCUGAUGGUACACGCUUUGAUACGGCCAAGGUUUACGUCAACGUCACGGACGCCAACACACACAGGCCUGUUUUCCAAAGUUCUCAUUACACGGUCAACGUCAAUGAAGACCGGCCCGUUGGCACCACUGUGGUAAUGAUAAGCGCAACUGACGAGGACACGGGUGAGAACGCUCGGAUUACGUACUUCAUGGACGACAGCAUCCCGCAGUUUAAUAUCGACCCAGACAGUGGUGCCAUCACCACCCAAAUGGAUCUUGACUACGAGGAUCAGGUUUCAUACACGCUAGCCAUCACAGCUCGCGACAAUGGCAUCCCACAGAAAUCCGACACCACAUACCUGGAGAUCCUGGUGAAUGACGUGAACGAUAACUCGCCUGUGUUCCUCCGGGACCGUUACUUGGGCUCCGUCAUGGAGGACAUACCGGUGUUCACCAGUGUUUUACAGGUGUCUGCAACUGACCGAGACUCUGGCCUCAAUGGGCGAGUGUUCUACACCUUCCAGGGCGGAGAAGACGGUGACGGCGACUUCAUCAUCGAGUCCACAUCAGGGAUUGUCCGAACACUGCGACGUCUUGAUCGAGAAAACACCCCCAUCUACAAUCUCCAAGUGUUUGCGGUGGAUAAAGGCGUUCCGGCGCUCAAGACGCCCGUGGACAUUCAGGUGACCAUUUUAGAUGUAAAUGACAACCCGCCUGUGUUUGAGAAAGAUGAGUUUGAUAUCUUUGUGGACGAGAACAGCCCCAUCGGGCUCGUAGUGGCCCACAUCUCUGCAUCCGACCCAGACGAAGGUACCAACGCCCAGAUCAUGUACCAAAUCGUGGAGGGCAACAUCCCUGAGAUCUUCCAACUGGACAUCUUCUCAGGAGAGCUCACCGCUCUUAUUGAUCUCGACUACGAGACGCGUUCAGAUUAUGUUAUCGUGGUUCAGGCCACCUCCGCCCCUCUGGUAAGCAGAGCCACAGUCCACAUCAAACUCAUUGAUAAGAACGAUAACGUCCCCGUCCUGAAGAACUUCCAGAUCUUAUUCAAUAACUACGUGACUGAUAAGACUAACAGUUUUCCUUCAGGGGUCAUCGGGCGAAUCCCGGCCCAUGACCCUGACGUCUCGGAUCAGCUCCACUACAGCUUUGAAGCAGGAAAUGAGCUGAAUUUGGUGAUUCUGAACCAAAGCACCGGAGAGAUCCGUCUCAGCCGAGCCCUCGACAACAACAGGCCUCUAGAGGCGUCAAUGAAGAUCUCCGUCUCUGACGGGGUUCACUCAGUGUCGGCUCAGUGUCUGCUGCAGGUCACCAUCAUCACUGAUGAAAUGUUGUCUAACAGCAUCACGCUGCGAUUGGCCAACACGUCGCAGGAGCACUUCCUCUCGCUCCUAUUGGCUCAGUUCCUGGAGGGCGUGGCCCGCGUUCUCUCUGCGUCCCACGAGGACGUUGUGGUCUUCAACAUCCAGGAUGACACGGACGUCAAGGCCGGGAUUCUGAACGUCAGUCUGUCUGUGGCGCUGCCGGGCGAGGGGUCACGAGGUCGUGGAGUCAGUCCCGCCCGUUUGGGUCGCAGUAGUGGAAGCGACGUGGAGUUCUUCGGUUCAGAGGAGCUGCAGGAGCGCUUGUAUCUCAACCGCAGUCUGUUGGCGCAGAUCUCCUUGCAGGAAGUUCUUCCGUUCGACGACAACAUCUGCCUGCGCGAACCGUGCGAGAACUACAUGAAGUGCGUUUCUGUGCUGAAGUUCGACAGUUUAGCACCGUUCGUGGCGUCUGACACCAUCCUGUUCCGCCCCAUCCACCCGAUCGCAGGUCUACGCUGCCGGUGUCCGGUCGGGUUUACGGGAGACUACUGCGAGACGGAAAUCGACCUGUGCUACUCCAAACCCUGCGGCGCUCACGGCAUCUGCCGCAGUCACGAGGGCGGCUUCACCUGCGAGUGUCUCCAGGACUACACAGGUGAACGCUGCGAGAUCUCGUCCCGUUCGGGGCGCUGUGCUGACGGUGUGUGUCGGAACGGUGGGACGUGUCUCAAUCUGCUGGUGGGGGGUUUUAAGUGCGAGUGUCCCGCUGGAGCGUUUGACAAACCCUUCUGUGUCAUGAGCUCCAGAAACUUCCCGCCUCACUCCUUCAUCACAUUCAAAGGCCUUCGACAGAGAUUUCACUUCACCAUCACCCUCACGUUUGCGACUGGAGAACCUGACGGUCUGCUGAUGUAUAACGGACGCUUUAACACGAAACACGACUUCAUCGCGCUGGAGAUCAUUCGUCAACAGAUCCAGCUCACGUUCUCUGCAGGGGAAACGAAGACAACGGUGUCGCCCUUCAUCGUGGGUGGAGUCAGUGACGGCCAGUGGCACACUGUUCAUAUACACUAUUAUAACAAGCCCGUCCUGAACCGCGCAGGUCUUCCGCAGGGCCCGUCCGAUCAGAAGGUUGUCGUGGUAACGGUGGAUAACUGUGACACGUCCGUUGCGCUGCGAUUUGGUCAUGUGAUCGGAAAUUACUCAUGUGCCGCCAGGGGCAGCCAAUCAGGAUCCAAGAAGUCUCUGGAUCUGACGGGUCCGCUGCUGCUGGGCGGCGUUCCCAAACUCCCGGAGGAAUUCCCCGUUCAGAACCGGCAGUUCAUCGGCUGCAUGAAGGACCUGCGCAUCGACAACCGACAAAUGGACAUGGCGGGUUUCAUCGCUAAUAACGGAACGCUACCGGGAUGCUCAGCUAAACGUCACUUCUGCAAUAACAACCCUUGUCUGAACAGCGGCACAUGUGUGAAUCUGUGGGGCUCGUUCAGCUGUGACUGCCCCCUGGGGUUCGGAGGACGCAACUGCGAGAAAGUGAUGCCGAACCCGUUGCAUUUCCAGGGAAACGGUCUGUUGUCAUGGAGUAAUCUGGCUGUCGUGGUGACGGUUCCGUGGCACCUGGAGUUCAUGUUUCGGACACGCGAACCAAGAGCGACAAUCCUACACAUGAGCUCUGUACAGCAACACAACCUCACGAUACAGUUGCGUGAGGGUUGUGUGGUGAUGUCAGUGCAGCGCGGCGAGGACUCUACAGUGUCUCGUGUUGAUGAUGUCACGGUGGAUGAUGGUCAUUGGCAUCAUGUUCUGUUAGAGUUCAGACCUGCAGCGGGUGCGAUCAGAGCCACACUGACGCUCGACAACGGUCUGUACACGUCGUCUAUGGAGUUGGACGCUAAGUUAAACGGAGUUCAAAUGAAGUCUCUCAGUGUUGGCGGCGUCAUGGAAGGCAAGAAUCAAGUGAUUAAUGGAUUCAGAGGAUGUAUGCAGGGUUUGCGUUUGGGUGAAUCCUCCUCCAGUCCAGUGUUUCCCAGCAUGCCUCAGGCUCAUGUUGUGAACGUUGAGUCAGGCUGCAGUCUGCCGGACCCCUGCGGAUCGAACCCAUGCCCGCAACACAGCUACUGCCGCAACAACUGGGACACAUAUUCAUGCAGCUGUCACACCGGUUACUAUGGCAACAACUGUACUGAUGUCUGUGCUCUCAAUCCCUGUGAGCACCAAUCAGCAUGCAGCAGGAAGUCAAGCUCCACCCACGGAUACAUGUGCAACUGUCCCAGCAUCUAUUUUGGCCAGUACUGUGAGAAAAAGACGGAUCUUCCAUGCCCUCGCGGUUGGUGGGGUGAGAAAUCGUGCGGUCCGUGUAACUGUGACACCGCUAAAGGCUUCGACUCUGACUGUAACAAGACGGGCGGCGAGUGUCGCUGCAAGGAUAAUCACUUCCGUCCGCCGGGCCGUGACGUUUGUCUGCUGUGUGACUGUUACUCCGUCGGGUCCUUUUCUCGGGCGUGUGACCGUGACAGCGGUCAGUGUCAGUGUAAGCCAGGGGUCAUAGGUCGUCAGUGUGACCGCUGUGAUAAUCCGUUUGCAGAGGUCUCGUCCAAUGGUUGUGAAGUGAUAUACGACAGCUGUCCUCAGGCGAUUGAAGCAGGGAUCUGGUGGCCCAGAACUAAGUUUGGAUUACCGGCUGCUGUUUCAUGUACUAAAGGAUCCAUCGGAACGGCGAUUCGUCACUGUGAUGAACACAAGGGCUGGCUCUCUCCAAACCUCUUUAACUGCACGUCUGUGAGCUUCAGUAAACUCAAGACACUGUCGGAGCGUUUGAUGCGUAACGCAUCUCUGAUGGACUCCAGUAACGUACAGCGGACAACAGCGUCCCUUUUUAACGCCACACAGAACACUAAAGAGUUUUACGGCAGCGAUGUGAAAAUAGCGUAUCACCUGAUGCGCUCGAUACUGCAACACGAGAGCAACCAGCACGGAUUCAACCUGACCGCCACACAGGACGUGCUGUUUAACGAGCACCUGAUGCAUGUGGGCAGUGCCAUCCUGUCAACGGGCACACGUGGGCACUGGGAGCUCAUUCAGAAGACGGACGGUGGGGCGGCGACACUGCUGCAACAGUUUGAGGAGUAUACAAACACUCUUGCUCAGAACAUGAGGAAGACUUACCUGAGCCCGUUUACUAUAGUAACACCCAACAUCGUGAUCUCUAUUGAUCGUUUGGAGAAGAUGAAUUUCCCCGGAGCGAAACUGCCACGUUACGAGUCUCUCCGAGGGCCGCGUCCACUUGACCUAGAGACGACUGUCACUCUCCCCGACUCCGUCUUUAUCCCCGCCCCAGAGGGCAAAGGUCCACGGCAUCACAACGAGCCAAUUGCAGAGUCCGGCAGAAACCACACGGCCAAUCGCAAGAGACGUCACCCGGACGACAGCGAGCAGGACGCAAUCGCCAGCGUGAUUAUAUUCCAUAGUCUGGCGUCGCUGUUACCAGAGCGAUACGACAUGGACAAGAGGAGCCUCAGAGUGCCGAAGCGUCCGGUCAUUAACACUCCGGUGGUCAGUAUAACUGUUCAUGAUAACGAGGAGUUACUGCAGCACACGCUGGAUAAACCAAUCACAGUGCAGUUCCGCCUUGUCACCACUGAGGAGCGCUCUAAACCCAUCUGUGUGUUCUGGAACCAUUCUAUAGUUGCUGGCGGUCCAGGCGGCUGGUCUUCUAAAGGUUGUGAGGUGGUCUUCAGGAACAGAACACACAUCAGCUGUCAGUGUUAUCACAUGACCAGCUUCGCCGUACUCAUGGACGUCUCGCACAGAGAGAACGGAGAGAUUCUGCCGGUGAAACUGGUGACGUGGAGUUCAGUGGGCGUGUCUCUGGGCUUCCUCUUCAUCACCAUCAUCUUCCUCACGUGUCUGCGCUACAUGAGCAGCAACAAGACCAGCAUCAUCAACAACAGCUCGGCCGCGCUCUUCAUCGCACAGAUCCUCUUCAUCCUCGGCAUCAAUCAGGCCGACAACCCGUUCUUGUGUACAGGGAUGGCUAUCCUGCUGCAUUUCUUCUGGCUGUGUGUGUUCUCAUGGUUGUUUCUGGAAGGUCUGCACGUCUAUCGUAUGUUGAGUGAACUCAGAGACAUCAACUACGGCCCCAUGAGAUUCUAUUAUCUGAUUGGCUGGGGCGUCCCCGCAUUCAUCACAGGUCUUGCGGUUGGACUGGAUCCGGAGGGUUAUGGAAAUCCUGAUUUCUGCUGGCUCUCUUUGUACGAUACUCUCAUAUGGAGUUUCGCUGGACCGAUCGCAUUUGUCGUAUCAAUGAACGUGUUUCUGUACAUCAUGGCAUCGAGAGCGUCAUGUUCACUCAGACAGAAGACCUGUGAGAAGAGAGAGCCGCCAGAGGCGGGUCUGCGGACGGCAUGUGUCGUGUUGUUCCUGGUGACGGUCACGUGUCUGCUCGCGCUGCUGUCAGUCAACAGUGACAUCAUUCUCUUUCAUUAUCUGUUCGCUGGAUUCAGCUGCAUUCAGGGUCCCUUCAUCUUCUUCUUUCGCGUGGUGUUUAAUAAAGAAGCUCGAAAUGCCAUGAGAUACUGCUGCAGCAAGAAACAGCCCGAUCACAUGAUCAAAAACAAACCAUCCGCCUUUAUCUGUAACAGUAACUACAUGGACGGUCGUUUGUAUCAUCUGCCGUUUGCUGAAUCGACUGUUUCACUGAACGGAACUCAAAGCAACAAGAGUCACCAGAACUACAUGCCCUUCAGUCUGCGUGGAGACGAUGUGAACGGCAGUCACUUGAGUUUGACUGAACACAACACACUGGACAAACAGCAGCUGGACGAUCAUGACUCGGACUCUGACAGCGAUCUCUCAGAGCUGGAAGACGAUCAGAGCGGCUCGUAUGCGUCCACACACUCGUCCGACAGCGAGGAAGACGAGGCUGACAUCCCGCAGGAGGAAUGCUGGGAAAAUCUCGCCACCAACGGCAACAAGAAACCUUGCGAUGGAUUACGGAGAGUGAGACAGGUGACGAGUGUCUCGCGAUCAGAGGACAGAACAGAGACUCAUGGGACAGAGAACCUGCUGCUGCUGCUGCCGCCAGUUUACCAAACAUCAGCACACAACCACACCGAGGGAUUCUGAAGAAGCAGCAGCUGUCGCCCAUCGCUGAGAGAAACGCCAUCAACUGCAUUCACAACCAGCUGUCAGUCAGCCCACCAGACUCCGCCUCCUCCCGAGGCCACGCCCCCAGUGAAGGCCGUGGGGGCAGGGCUAGACAGGAUCAUCUGAAUGGAGGGUCAGUGAGCGUAGCGACAAAAACCCUCGAUAACGACUCAUCAGAAUCUGAGUGCUGAUGCUACACGCAUGUUGCCAUGGUGACGAGAGGAGGAAGAGGAUGUCAAAGGCAAAAAACGAUCGACCCGUUUCCGUCCUUCCUACAUUUCACACGAUUGCCGAUGCGCGCUGUAUUCUCGUGCCAAACGCUGAAGAGAAUCGGCCACUUUUAAAACCGUUUUGAUUUUUGUUUACAUACUUGAAGCGAAGCACUUUUUUACGUUUUUAUUUGUCCAGAAGAGGGUGCCCUCCCCCCUCGCUGCAACAAAACAAAGACAAACAAACGGAUGGUUUUUUUUUUUGUAAAUGUUUUAUAUGAGAUUAUCAGGAAAUUUCCAACAUGAAGCUAAACUACUGCUGGACUGAAAUGCUGCUGUAUAAAUUCAGUUUGAUAUAUGAAGGAAAGAGGAAAUAUUCCCGUGGCACCACUAGCGGAGAGACUCUUCAUUCACGCCUUUAACUACUGGCACUAAACGGACGUGAUCAUUCAUCACAGGACAAUUAAAAACUUUUGAUAUGUUUUUGAGAACACUUUUAUACAAACACUGAAAGAAAACUUUGUAUUUUAUAGAGUAGAAAUAAUGUUGUUGUGUAAAUAUAUCGGUCAAGUUUCAUCCCAAAAUGAUCAAUAUAUAUAUUUUGCAUAAAGAAAAUGCUUUUAAAAUCCACACACUGAAGAUUAUAGUAGUGAGAAUGAUCACUUGUGCCCGGAUAAUAAUGGCACAAUUCAUUUUCUUUAUGCAAAAUAUCAUUUAUUAUUGUCUUUGAUAAACAUAUGAUCAAAUGUUUCAAAUGUACAUUUAAAUCUUCAGAUGUUUGUACAGAUCUGUCUAACACGCCAACACACACAUAAAACACACGUGUACUGGUAGAUCAAUCUAACCAAUCAGAGUGUUUCAAUGGCAGGGAGUGUUUAUCUACUGUAAACGAGUUUGUGCUUGAUGUUCUGAUAAACAGAUUGUGUUUAUAUUGCUGUAUUUCUCUGUUUGCAUCUCUCUGAAGUAAAGACUUCUGUUUUUAAUAUUUCUCUUUCAUUUGUGCGAUCAGUUGUAGGGGGUUAGUUAGGGUGAUGUUCUAAUGUCGGAUAUGAAUGUUUGACUCCAGGACACCCCUCUUCUGUCUCUGAGCGUCCACAGUGAGAGGAGGAUAAUAAACAUCAUCUUCUCAGGACUAAAUAAUGUGUUUUACACGCAAGAACUGUUUAACAGAUUUGUAUGUUAGGGAGGAACAACACGGGUCUCUACAUUUCUCCAGUUUUGGCAUUUGGACGCUUCCUAAACAGAGUUUUUACAUGAGAACUUUAUAUUUUAACUGAAGCAUGUACCUU